UAAUACUAUAAUUAUCGCAACAUAUACAUACAUAUUAUUUGCUAUCUUCUAUGCUACAUUUUCCUUUCGUUAAUGAAGCUAUGGUUAUUAAGUUUUUAAUACAAUGUGCUUAGGAAAGUAAAUUUUUUUAAGUUUGAAAUGAAAUAAUAAGAUAAAAUCUGUUCUUUUUUUCAAGUCAGUUCAUCAACAUCAGGUUGAUAUUUAACCUUCGCAUUUAGAUAUAUCAUUGUCACGGCACCAUAUCAUUGGUACAUAUACGCAAUGCCAUUGUUUUCAAAUAAAUUCUCCCCCAAAAAGACCCCUACAAGAAAAGUAGGAGUUUUCUUAGCGAACAAAGAUUUCAGUCCGAAACGUAUAGAAAAAGAACUGGGACCUAAUGUUGGUCCUAUACAUUUAAAAUUAGGAGACCAAGAAACUGUCUUUGAAUCUGGUUCGUGGAUCCCAGAAUCUGGUAAAAUCGGAAGCACGUACAAAGAAAAUGAGAAAUUAAAAAAGGAAGUAAAAAGAUUGGAAGAUGAAAACAACUUAUUAAAGCUAAAAUUUGAAGUACUUCUUGAUAUGUUGACACAAACAACAGCAGAAUAUUAUUCACAGAAGGAAGAACUAGAUAGACUAAAACAGAAAUUACCAUACAAGAACAGAGAUUCUUGAUAUAAAGAGCACAUUAUCAUAAUUCAUCCUUUCUUUUACAUAUCGAAUUAAACAAAUGUGUUCAUAUAGCUAUAUGAUGUAU